AGGCAUCAAAGAGAGAUGAAUGACAGUUAUGCCGGACCAUAUGAGCUGUAAGGUUUCCAUUGGUCCUUGACUUCUUAUAGAAACUUUGAGUAUUGGCAAGCACGAAUGUGAGGUGGAAGGUGUUAGCUUUUCCAUUUCAACCAGAGAUCCUACUCAGAUGAUAUAAACUAGGCUUCACUAACAGAUGGUGGGUCCUUAUUUUUUUAAUGAUGCUUAACAGAAACCUGUCACAUGAGCUGCCAAGGUUAAAUAUUUAUAGCAUAGACCCUUACUUUGCAUCAUUCUCUUUACAUCUCUUCUUCACUUUUGCUUCUUCUCAACUCUUCCUAGGAUGGAGGAUCAGUUUCCCAAGAUGGCAAGCUACAUACAGAAAGAAUUGCCAGCUUAUGUUCAUGGAAUGACAACCGGUAUACGGUGGUCGAUGGAACCAAUCACUUGUCAGGACGGCGGUGGUGGUGCAAUAAGGUCUUCAUCGCCUUCAUCGGAGUGUAGUUCCUCAGCUGAUGAUGCUGCUGUUGCUCCUUUGAACAAUAAUGCUGCAAAAUUCAACUCUCAAGUUAUGGUAACAGAACAAGGAAGCAGGGCAUUUGCUUGUGCUGGUUCUGUAACAAAUUCUGUGAGACCAAGUAGAGUUGAUGACAUCCAUCGAAGCUUCAUUCCUGUAAAUUUCAUAGAAACAUUCCCUGAAGUAACUCAAAUCUCCCAAGCACCUUCACCUCCAUGUUCAUCACCUACUGCUUCAAACCUCCCGAAUUUAACUCUGUUUUUGCAGGAACCCAAUACCAUAAAGGGCAGCACACAUAUUUCCAAUACACUUGGUAAGGAUCAGAGGUGUCAAACCAUGUCAUCAUCACAGAACCCAUUGAUCCCUGUCCAUGAUCUUCAUCAGAUUCAGCUCCAAUCCGGAAUGGAAUGGCUCAAGAUCAAUCAAAAUUUUAUGCAUAGCACAUCGAAAGGCCUCGGAGACCAUUGGCUAGGAGCCACCAAGACACAGCCGAUGAAGUACACCGGAGGAAGACGGGUGCAAGAUCAUCUACUCCAGAAGACUUCAUCUCCAGGCAAGCUGUUCAGAGGGGUGAGGCAAAGGCAUUGGGGGAAGUGGGUUGCAGAGAUCAGGCUACCAAGGAAUAGAACAAGGGUGUGGUUGGGGACAUUCGAUACAGCCGAAGAAGCUGCUUUUGCAUAUGACACUGCAGCUUACAAACUAAGGGGAGAGUUUGCGCAUUUGAAUUUUCCAGACCUCAAGCAGCAACUCAAGGCCAAUUGUUCUCAUGGUAGCACUGCAGCCCUUCUAGAAGCAAAGCUACAAGCGUUCAGUGAUCAAAAGAAAGCCACUAACCCACCACCAUCAUCCUCUUCAUCACCAAAGAAACGUAUAUCUCAGAGUUCAAACCUCAAAAUCUUGAGCCAAAAACCAACGAGAAAAGAGUGUUCAUUUGAUUUGGAGAACAGAAUUGGCUCUGAAGUGGUUGAGAUCAAGAAGACUCAGGAGUUAUUAUCAGAUAUGGAUGCAGUUCUUUUGAGUAGAAUGCCUUCCUUGGACAUGGACAUGAUCUGGGAUGCCCUUCCAGUGUCUGAUUCAUGACAAUGAAUGUCAGUUUUCUGUUUCAAAUUUCAAAUAUUGAAUAUGGUACAGAAUUAUGUUAAACUGGGUUGAGAAUUAUAGUGAACCCCAUCAGAUAUGAAAGUUCAGAUAUCUGAUCUUCAAGUGGGUAUGUUUGUUAAUUUUAUCUUAUAGCUCAAUGUUAGUAGGAAGAUUAUGAGUUUUACUUUCACUAUUGAUUUCCAGAUUUUGGAU